AUGAUGCUCUGGGCAAUCGCCGGUGUCCCGCUCGGUGUGUACAACAUCGUCUCAGAGCUGAACAUCGCCCUUCGCGUGCAAGCCCAGAUUCUCACGUUCUUGAGCCUGGUCACAUGGGCGCAGUGUUUGUACUAUGGGAAAAAACACUCAAUCCGAAAGUGCAUCGGUGCCGUCCUCUCCCUGCUUCUCUUGCUUGGGGCCAUUGAAACCGGCCUGGUAUUCGCUCUGCGCAGCGCCAAAGACAGGAACCUGAAAUGGCCGCUAACCAUUAUGGCCGUCCUCAGCUCCUGCUUUCUAGCCGCAGGCGUGCUGCGCCACUACUGGGACAUCUACGUGCAUCGGACCGUCCGAGGUAUCAGUUUUAUCUUCGUGGCGAUCGACGCGGCCGGAGAUCUGUUCUCACUCGUUUCUGUUGUGUUCGAACCGCGCCUCGAUAUCUUGGGGAUGGUUAUCUACGGCACCGAACUGGCGCUGUGGAUUGGAGUGUGCCUAUGUGGUCUGGUAUUUAAUUUCCUACCGUGGGUUGUGGAGCGCGAGCGGUCCAGGAAGACUGCAGACAGGAGGGAGCCGUGUGAACCAGAACCGGGGUCACUGUCCCUUCGCCAGAUGCCGUCUUCCACUUCGGUGUUCCGGACGGCCUCAGAGGAGGCCGUGAGGAGGGCACAUCCGCAGGCGGCCCGCGAUACUUAG